AUGCUAGAUGUAAAGCUUCGUCGAUUAUUCACGUUAUUGAGCAAUGUCCUCGGAAUCGGAAUCGAACCGGUGUUGGUAAAUUUGUCUAAAGGCCAUGCAGUGGAAAGUUUCCCUCUAUUGAAGGAGGGACAAGGGCGAGGGCAAGGGCAGGAGCAGGGUCAAGGAACGCCAAUGGAUUCGCAUCGGCGUUCGCAUUCGAAUUCUCUCUUGCCAUUUGAAAUAUGUGAGAAUAGUAAACCUCAUCAUCAUCAUCAUCAUCAUCGGAGUCGGAGUCGCUUCAAAAGCGGGCAGUUCGAUGACGGCUUUUACGUGCAUGAAGCCAAUGCCAGGUCUGUGUACAUAAACGAUCCCAAGAGAACCAACGAGAACUAUGAGUUCACAGGGAACGAGAUCAGAACAAGCAGCUACACUUUGCUUACCUUCUUGCCUAAGAAUCUCUUCAUUCAGUUCCACAGAGUUGCUUAUCUCUAUUUCCUUGCCAUUGCCGCUCUCAACCAGCUUCCUCCAUUGGCUGUCUUUGGAAGAACCGCCUCUCUCUUCCCCCUCCUCUUCGUCCUCUGUGUCACCGCCAUCAAAGAUGGCUACGAGGAUUGGCGCAAGCACCGCUCCGAUCGAUUCGAAAACAACAGGGAAUGCCUCGUGCUUCAGGAACAUGGUAACUUCCGCCCCAAGAAAUGGAAGAGAAUACAAGCCGGCGACGUGGUUAAGAUCUCCGCCGACGAGAUGAUCCCGGCCGACAUAGUCUUGCUGGGAACGAGUGAUCAGAGUGGGAUUGCCUACAUUCAGACCAUGAAUCUGGACGGAGAAUCGAACCUGAAAACAAGGUUUGCGAGGCAAGAAACGGUUACGGCAGUGACGUCAGAAUCGUGUGGAGUCACGGGAGUUAUCAGAUGCGAGAAGCCUAACAGGAACAUCUAUGAGUUUGCAGCCAACAUGGAGUUUAACGGGAACAAGAUUCCGCUGAACCAAUCCAACAUCGUGCUUCGGGGUUGCGUGUUGAAGAACACUGACUGGUUAAUCGGAGUGGUGGUGUGUGCCGGACAGGAAACAAAAGCAAUGCUCAACAGUGCAGCUGCUCCUCCCAAGAGAAGCAAGCUGGAGAUAUACAUGAAUAGAGAAACCGGUUGGCUCUCGAUUUUUCUUUUUGUGAUGUGCUCCGCCGUGGCCCUUGGGACGGCCGUGUGGCUCGUCCGCCACAAGCAGCAGCUAGAGACCUUGCCUUACUACAGGAAGACAUACCUCAACCUUGGCCCCCAUUUUGGAGAAGUUUAUAGAUACUACGGCAUACCCAUGGAAAUACUCUUCUCCUUUCUCAGUUCCGUUAUUGUCUUUCAGAUCAUGAUUCCGAUUUCUCUCUACAUCACAAUGGAGUUGGUUCGUGUGGGACAGUCUUACUUCAUGGUGGAAGACAUGGAUAUGCAUGAUUCUUCUUGUGGAUUAAGAUUCCAGUGCAGGUCCUUCAAUAUAAAUGAAGAUUUGGGUCAGAUACGUUAUAUAUUCUCUGAUAAGACUGGAACUCUCACAGAAAACAAAAUGGAAUUCCGGAAAGCUAGUGUGUUUGGAAAAAAUUACGAAAGCUCCAUCCCUGUGCCUCCUGCAGUUAAAAGUAAACGAAGAUGGAAGCUCAAAUCUGAAAUUCCCAUCGAUUAUGAUCUGAUGACAUUGUUGCAGAAAGAAGAAGAUCCAAGUAGCGAGGAAAGAGUUGCUGCUCACGAUUUUUUCAUCACGUUGACUGCUUGUAAUACUGUGAUCCCUGUUGUUAAUGGUUCUAGGCCUUCCAAGGAAGAUGAUGGUGUAGUUAGCAUUGAUUACCAGGGAGAGUCUCCCGAUGAACAAGCUCUGGUUUCUGCUGCCUCUGCAUACGGUUACACUCUUUUUGAGAGAACAAGUGGACAUGUUGUUGUUGACAAAAAUGGUGAAAAAAUCAGACUGGAAGUGCUGGGGAUGCAUGAGUUUGACAGUGUGCGGAAGAGAAUGUCUGUUGUUAUUCGGUUUCCGGACAAUGCUGUGAAGGUGUUAGUUAAAGGCGCAGAUACUUCCAUGCUUAGCAUCUUGGCAAAUGACAAGGACAGUGUAUGGCAUGCGACGCAGACUCAUCUGAAUGAGUAUUCUUUGGAAGGUUUGCGCACACUUGUGUUGGCUUCAAGAGAUCUCUCAGAGGAAGAGCUUCAGGCGUGGCAAAGCGCCUAUGCAGAAGCCAGCACAGCAUUGUACGACCGGGCUACCAAAUUGCGCCAUGCAGCAUCCCUCAUUGAAUGCAAGUUGAAGCUGCUUGGAGCUACCGGGAUUGAAGACAGGCUGCAAGAGGGUGUCCCUGAUACCAUUGAGUGCCUUAGACAAGCUGGAAUUAAGGUCUGGGUUCUAACCGGCGACAAGCAAGAAACUGCCAUUUCAAUUGGUGUCUCCUGCAAACUUCUCACCCCAGAUAUGCAUAAGAUUAUCAUAAAUGCCAAUUCCGAGGCUCAUUGCAGAGAUCUCUUGGUUGAAGCUAAAGCCAGAUAUGGUGUGAGACCUUCGGGUAAAGGACAUGGGAAUGGCAAGUGCAAAACCGUUGCUGAUUUAGGAAAGGAAGAAGAAGAAGAUACAGCUCCAAUGGCACUCAUAAUUGAUGGCACCAGCUUGGUUUAUAUUUUGGAGAAGGAAGCAGAAUCAGAGCUUUUCGACCUUGCAACUGCCUGUAGGGUUGUGAUAUGCUGCCGGGUUGCACCCUUGCAGAAAGCAGGAAUUGUUAAUCUUAUUAAGAGCCGCACAGAUGAUAUGACAUUAGCGAUAGGAGACGGGGCCAAUGACGUGUCAAUGAUCCAAAUGGCGGACGUUGGUGUUGGAAUAUGUGGCCAGGAAGGGCGCCAAGCAGUGAUGGCAUCAGAUUUUGCAAUGGGUCAAUUUCGGUUCCUGAGAAAACUACUACUGGUUCAUGGUCACUGGAAUUAUCAGCGUCUUGGCUAUCUAGUUCUUUACAACUUCUACCGUAAUGCUGUCUUUGUUUUCAUGCUAUUUUGGUAUAUACUGUGCAGUGCUUUUUCUACAACUUCUGCCUUGACAGAGUGGAGUUGUGUAUUAUACUCCGUGAUAUACACAUCAAUACCUACCGUGAUUGUUGGUGUUAUGGACAAAGACUUGAGUCAGAAGACUCUGUUGCAGUAUCCGAAGCUGUAUGGUGCUGGUCAUCGGCAAGAGGCUUAUAAUAUUCGAUUGUUUUGGUUAACAAUGAUUGACACACUAUGGCAGAGCCUUGUUGUGUUCUUGAUUCCAGUACUGACUUAUCAGAACAGCUCAAUGGAUAUUUGGAGCCUGGGCAGCUUGUGGACAAUUGCGAUUGUUAUCCUUGUAACCGUGCACUUGGCUAUGGAUGUUAAUGGUUGGAUAUUGAUCAUGCAUGUUGCUGUAUGGGGUUCAAUUUUCAUUACAUAUGGUUGCCUCAUAGUAUUGGACUCUAUACCUCUCCUUCCGAAUUACUGGACUAUUUACCAUCUAGCGUGCUCCCCAACAUAUUGGAUAACGAUUUUGCUUGUAACAGUUGUGGCAUUGCUCCCUCGAUUUGCAUGCAAGGUUGCUUCUCAAAUCCUAUGGCCUUCAGAUAUUCAGAUAGCUAGAGAAGUUGAGUUGGUGGUUGAUUCUGGAAAUGCCAACAAUAUUGGAAUUGCGUGUCUGACUACCAUUGGUCCCCUUAUUGUACGUACCAACGUGGACGUUUGGGGUGAAGGCCAACACGCAGGGGGCGUGGUGCAGGCUACACGUGAAAGGCGUGAAAUUGACGUGGCAGCAUGUGGUUGGAGGAAGAGGUUUGAUACCAUGCCAAUCACAGACGAAGUGAGUAUGCAGAAUAUGUUUCAAAUUCACCGGCAGACUCAGAUGCGACAGCCACAGAUUGAGCUGUAUGUUGAGUUUGAAACCGUAGAGGCGGAAGGGACUCAAAAUGAUUUAGAGGUGUCGGAUGAUAGAAACGCAGUGUAUGAGAGAAUGAAUAGUGACAGUGACGAGGACUUCGAAGCCACUUAUGAAGCCGGAGAUGAGGAUGAGGAUGGUGAUGUGGGAGUUGAGACAGCAGCGGAGAAUGUAGUGGUUCAUCCCUCGACCAGUCAACCGAUGAACGUGCCACGUUUUAUGCGUGAGGUGGAUCUCGACACCAUGCAUGCACCGGAGUUUCCGGAAUAUUCAAACAUAGGCAUUGCUAAUCUUGAGGAUGGAGAGUUCUGGAUUGGAAUGGAAUACAGUUCUAGAAAGACGGUCGUGGCAGCAAUUAGAAGUUACACUAUCGCUAGAGGAGUUGACUACGACGUGUAUGAGUCUGAGCCACAGACGUUCUAUGCAAAGUGCAAGAUGUAUGCGCGUGGGUGCGAUUGGCUUAUCCGAGCCAGCUUGAUAAGGAAAAAAGGUUGUUGGGAGAUACCUAGAUACAACGGUCGACACACGUGCUCAAUGGGAGUGAUUUCACAGGAUCAUUCGAAGUUGGACUCGGAUACAGUUGCGGAGGCUAUAAGGCCAUUGGUCGAGACUGACCCGUCCAUCAAGGUGAAAUCUAUAAUAGCCGAAGUCCAGUCAAGGUUCAACUAUACCAUCAGUUACCGAAAGGCUUGGUUGACAAAGCAGAAGUCCAUAGCAAAGGUUUUCGGUGAUUGGGAGGAGAGUUACCAAGCCUUGCCAUGGUGGCUCUCGGUUAUAGUUUAG